CGGGGGAGGGGCGGGGGAAGCAGCAGCAGCAGACAGCUAUAGACCUAACCCAGUCUGCUGCUGUCUUUCUGUCUGGGAUAUUCCUGCCUUUUCCGCAGAAAUGCUGUCGGACAGUACCACCGUUGUCCGCUUGUCUGAGGCCCCUAUCCGCCCCCUUUUUCACCUGAGCUGGAGCUGCAAAUAAUAGUUUGAUCCUGGUUUUGCCCUGUAGACGUGAAGCCUGACUCCUGAAAACCUGAAAGUGCUAAACAACUCACCAUCAUUCCUGAAUACUUGAGACUGGCCCUGGACAAGUUUGUGUUGUAGCUGUGUGGCCGGGCAGCCUGGCUGCCUCCCUGCCUCCAGAUGAAUGAAGAACACUCCGGGACACAGAGACACAGCUGAUGCAGGGCAUGCAGGUGUUUCUGCAAAUAUGAUGAAGAAAAAGAAUCCCCAUAAGAAACAUAAGAGCAGUCUGGGUCCGACCACUAAAGUUCUGUCGCAGCCUCGGCGCAACAUCGUCGGCUGCAGGAUCCAGCACGUGUGGAAAGAAGGAGGAGGCCAUGUGGUCUGGAAGGGAACUGUACUUGACCAGGUGCCAGUGAACCCAGCUCUCUAUCUGAUAAAAUAUGAUGGUUUCGACUGUGUUUAUGGUCUGGAGCUUCAUAAAGACGAGAGGGUUCAGGGGCUGGAGGUGCUCCCUGACAGACUGGCGAAAUCUCGUCUGACAGACGUCAGUCUGGCAGACGCCAUGAUAGGAAAAGCGGUGGAGCACAUGUUUGAGACGGAGGAGGGUCCAAAGGAGGAGUGGAGGGGGAUGGUGCUGGCCCGGGCUCCCAUCAUGACCACCUGGUUCUACAUCACCUACGAGAAAGACCCCGUCCUCUAUAUGUACCAGCUACUGGAUGACUAUAAAGAAGGAGACCUUCGCAUCAUGCCUGACUCCAAUGACAGUGUCCCAACGGAGAGGGAACCUGGCGAGGUGGUGGACAGCCUAGUGGGUAAACAGGUUGAAUAUGCCAAAGAGGACGGCGGCAAACGAACAGGCAUGGUCAUCCACCAGGUGGAGGCCAAACCCUCUGUCUACUUCAUCAAGUUUGACGACGACUUCCUCAUUUACGUCUACGACCUGGUCAAAACUUCGUAAAAAGGAUCAUAGUGGGCAUCCUGAACACCAAGACAGAAACGAAACACAACACGUUGAAACAGUGGAAGUAUUUGAUCAAGUGCUUGUCCCUCAUACCAUCAAACACAAAAAUAAAAAAUUGGAAAAAAGAAUUCUUGCUGUGGAAGAACACAGGAUAGAUACUUCUCAAGAAUGGGCUUAGUGAAGUUGAAGCCUCUCAUCUAUGACCUUCUUAGACUCUUAAAAUAGAAAAAAUAGAUUGGAUGUGGUUUUACGUUACCCUUACAAGGUCCUAAACAUUUUUGAAGCCCCUUAAUACCUUUCUGAGAAAGAGGAAAGCUGUCCAAAAAUAUUGUGAAAGUUGAAGCGAGACGGAGGAUUUUUAGAAUCUCACAUUUUAAACAUUUGUUGACCUUUUGGAAUCUUGUCAUGAUUUCCCAAGACCUCCUUACACGUUAAGAAACAAAACCUUUGGAUUCACUUUUAGUGUCAGAUUUCAUCCAGUCUUGGUGAUAUGUGGCUCAGCUAAUGAACAUGUCACUGAAAAGUCUGAUAGUAGCCAACUCUUCUCUGUUAGAAAACAGAGAAACAAGAUGAGGAUGAUCCCUGGAGUCCUGUGAAAUUUCUGGAGUCGAUGGCAGCAUGGAACAUGACCAAACUGAAAGUCUUCAGAGAUUUUUUAUUAUGUUUCCUACAUCAGCUUACAAAUCUGGCCACUGAAAUAUCCCAGUGAAGAAGGAAAGGUUUUGGAGGGGGCUUAAAAGAAAAAAGGCUAGAAGUAGGUGAAUUCUUGGACCAGAAAAAUAAACAGUUGCUAUUACGAUGGAGAAGGAGCUUUUGUUUGUUUUCGGGACACUUGAAGACAGGAACAAACAAAACAGCUCGGUGGAUGAAUUCUCGAAUCCUUCUCAUCUGUCACAUCCAGUAAGGACUGGCAUCAGAACUGUAUGGAGGAGCAUUUCUGCCCAGGAAAAGAAAAUAACAGAUGAAUAGUUAGAAUUGAUGAAAACAAAAAUACUCAUGGUAAGUCAAAAUAAUCAGAUAUUAAAUCAACAUUACAACUUAAAAUUACAAAACAGAAAUUAAAACAACUUAAUAGAUUUAUAAUUUCAAACAUUUGACUUGCCAAGAGUCAAGUUUAUGUUUGCCAUUCCUGUCACCUUUUUAUUUCCCCUGGCAGAAGUGGACUUCCAUACACCUGAGAUUCAUAAGACAGGAAGCAGAAGGAACUGGUCCCAGUUUAACCUCAGAGUUGGAGACUGUCGAAAGCCUUGGACACCUGCAGGUCGAUUUAAUAAUAAUUUUUAGAAAAAACAACCUUCAAUCAAGCCUGUUUGGUUUGGUCAUGCACCAAUGGUCAUCUCUAAAAGAGAAGCUAUUAAAAAUAUCAAAAAUGUAUUUGGAAAUAUCUCAAAACCUAAUUUUCCCCCUUUUGUUCAAUUGGAGGUUGACUGAAGUGGGAUUCUGUUCCACUUGUUGUACAGAUCAAAACAAGAGAAAUUGCUUCAUCACAGUGUGCUACUUAUACAGGCUCCAUUUCACCAACUUCAGCUGAACAUUGAUGAAGAAGGUCAACAGAUCCUCGCCCAAAGGCAUCUGCAGUUAAAACAGAUUUUUGUCUUUUUGCUUUUAUCAUUGCCAAAACCCUUCCUGUUGUGAAGUUGUUUGGUGUUUAAGAAGAUCAGACAGCUUUCUUGUGAUUUCACUGAAGCCUUUGGAAUUGCUUGUGGUGUCUUUUCUAAAUCAUCAGUGAAAGAGUAAAAGGACGGAGAAAGAAAACUGAAACUUGGCCAAAGCGCUUUCUGUCCUUGGCAAUUUGUUUUAAUGUUAAAUAGUUUGUAACAGAUGGAAAAACAGCCAGAUCUGCAGUUUCAUUGGUUCCUCCUCUUCCAUUUGAACUUCAAACACAGUGAUGGAUUCUAAAUGUCACAAUUCGUGGAAACUCAAAGGAUUUAAGGAGCUGAAAACGUGGUUUAAUGCACCUUAAAAAUUUGGAGGAAGAGAUAAGAAGAAUAUUCCCGGGACAGUUCAUGAAUGUGUUGGACAUUUAAUGUCACCAUAAUUGACAAAAACAAAUCUGCUAUUGCGAAACAGUCCAGUUUUAAGUUUCGAAGGUAUCCGUGAGAAAGUUCAGACAUUGAGUGUUGGAAGCCUGUGAUUCCAGUUUACUACAAAGUGUCGGUCGAUAAUAAUAGUACUGAAACAAAAGUAUCCCAGUUUGUAUUUACACACAAACCCAAAGAUUACGGAAAUUGUGUGUACAUGGCGUAGAUCUAAUGUUCUCCUGGCCGUCUGUAGAAAACACAAGUGUCUGUCAGAUGCCCAUGAAGAUGAUCGGGUCUGUUCCACAGCAUGUAUGCAGUAAGAGAGAACACAGUAGGUUGUGUUUUGUAUUUGAAGAGAUUAACAAGCAGUGAAGGUUUAAAUUUCUUUUUCACAAAUGUACUUUUUAUUUUAUUUGGAUUUACUCAAGACUGAACAUUUUGUAUAAACCUGUGUUCUGUACUGAUUUGCACUUAUAGUUUGAGGGUAAGUAAUUGAUUGAAAUAUACAAUUUGAAUACAGUGUAAAGGUCAAUGUCAUAGCAUCAUUCAAGUAUUAGAGGUUGGACCUUUUAAAAUUCUACAAUAACUGGUGCAUCUUUACCAGUUAUUGUAAAGAUGCAGCAGUUCUUUACUUUCCUCCCAAACAAUUAUACAUAAUAUUUAAAAAAAAACAAAAAAAAAAAACUAAAGGGUUGUUGAGCCAUGCAUUGUAGGAGAAAUAUGUCCCUCACCUAUCAGAUUGCUCAGCUGAAUUAAUACACAGAACAGUGUUUUAUGUAAAACCUUCAGUCUAUGUGCUUCCUGUGAUGUAGUUAGUUGCCGAGGCAGAUUACAGCUCUUAUUAUAACCGCACUAAAAAAAAAAAAAAGACGAACUCUUCAAGAGAUCUGUAGGUUUCUGCUCUUGUGUAUAUGUUUUAUUUUUCUUUAAAGAGAAGUAUGAUUGUGAUCAUCUCAGCAGGCACUAUUUUAGUUAUCGAGAUAAUGCGUCAUUACAAAGACUGGAGUCACAGCGAGGUUACGUCCAAUUCAGUCAGUUCAUUUCACUAUUAUAAUGAAAACAGAUUAUUGUUGUUAAUGUUGGAAUGACAUUGGCCUUCUAUCAUCCUUCUGCCUUGUAUUGUUUGUUUUUGUAUGUUUAAAAAUGUAUGUUAAUAAUUUUUAUGGUUAUUGGAAAACCUGA